AUGAAACGUCGCGGAGGCCGUGUCGUGAGCUCCAACCGCACUGUGGUUGGCCCGACAAGCGCUGGUGCUACUCCCGCCGCGCCAGACCUUCCUUCCGCUGUCGACAGCCACGGUGCGCCCGUCGCUGCGGCUGCACCGCUAUUAUCGUCUGUGACGCCACCGACAACGCCAGUCGCGAGGGAUGAGUCAGGCGCUGUUGGUCACCUUGCCGUUAGCGCGAGCGCCGAGGUGAGGGAUGUGCCGACGCCGACACUGACCAUACCGACGCUUGAUAUAUUCGCGCGUUUUCAAAGCAAGCGGGACGACUUUGACGCGAACUGGCUCUUGCUGCAGGAGGACCCCGUGGCGAAGGAUGAGAAGCCUCCGAUUGCCGCGCACCUUUCGGAGAAGCUUCGUCGUCAUCAGGCGCAGCUGAGUGCCCACCGUGCCGCUGCAGCAGUGGAUCGAACUCGCCAGGGCAAAGACCGUGCUGUGCCUUCGGCUGUUGCCACGAAGAUGGUAAGUACUGUGAGUGGCGACGCCCUCGACACCGUUGCGACGGAGGGCCCACGGCAGGGGCGCCGUCAGCGCCGUUCCGGAAGCUAUGACUCUGCUGAAGACAGCGGCAGCGACGGCGGUGGCGACGAUGAUGAGGAGUACAUGCCCGAGGAUCGCGCGGCGUCGCAGUACAAGAGGCGGAGGACGUCAGAGAAGGUGGGCGCCAAGGAUCAAGGCUCUGCGGUUGUGGCUCUCGCUGGUGGCUCUUUCUCUAUGAGUAGGCCUGCAGGGAGUACUGCUGCUGCUGCUGCUGCUAGUGCCUGUGCCGAGGAAGCCUUCAUGAACCCGCUCAAUUCCUUAGCGAAGGACGAGGAGGAAGGGGAUGCAGAGGCCGAUCACGAAGGCCUCAUUGGCGACUACCUGAAUUUCCAACUCACUUCCACGACGGGAAGGCAGGCGCUUGGUGCCGAUGCACUGGAGGCAACCGUGCGCCUGCAGUCCUCUCUCUCUUGUGACGAGCAGCGCAACGCGGGUGACCGUAGUUCCCCUCGUAGCCAGGGGCAGCGGCGCCAGACAUCAUCAUCACCGCAGCAGGCGGAGCGGGAUCGUGUGUUGGUGGUGCCGUUAUGGAGCAUCGCGCGGAUGGAGCAGAACGGAGGCUACUGUCGCGCCAGUCCCCUCAUCGCCCUCCACCAGGAGAUCACGGACCUUGUUGAUUACCUUCGCCCAACAGAGGCGGAGGUGGCGAUGCGGCGCUACAUCGAGAAGAAGAUUGGCCUGCUGGUUGAUCGACUGUGGCCUGGCAGUUCGGUGCUCGUCUAUGGCAGCAUGUACACCCACCUGCUACUGCCGCUGUCGGACCUUGACGUGACCCUGUUGGAUGUGCCGGUGCCGGUGGAGGAGGCGCUCAGCGCCUUGGCGAAGGAGAUCAGCAACGCGGGUCUGUGCGAGAAUGCCUAUCCACAAGUCAUUCUCAAGACGAAGGUGCCGCUCAUCAAGUUCGUCCACAAGGGCUCUCUCAUCGACGUCGACAUCAGUGUUGGCGCCGUGGACGGCAAGCGUAACUCCGAGUGCAUCGUGCAGUACAUGAACGCGUACCCGGAGGCCCUACCACUUAUCUUGGUCGUGAAGUACUUUGUCAUGCAGCGUGGCAUGCAUGAGCCGUACCAUGGCGGGCUUGGCAGCUACGCCACCACGCUUCUCGUCGUCGCCUUCCUGCGGCAACACCCCAUCUAUACAACGCAGCCGGAACAGCGAGCCAUGACGGGGCUAGGCAAGCUGCUGGUUGAUUUUUUCCGAAUGUGUGGUCAGUACUGGAACUACAGGAGGGUAGCCGUCUGCCUGGAGGGCUACGCUGCUCUGCGCAAUGGGGACGACCCGAUGGACGUGAACGCCCCCAACGACGAAGGCGACUUCCGCGUGCGUGCCGACUGCGGCGGCACUGGCGGCAGUCAGAUGAAGUCCCCUGUUCUGCCCAGCUCCCCACGCGGCCUGAUGGGCCCCACACAGGCGUGGAUAGAGGAUCCAGUCGACGCCUCUAACAACGCUGCCAGCUCGCUGCGGCUCUUCCAUUCUCUCUCUUCCAUGUUUGCUUACGCUUACCUUGCCCUGACAGGCGACUUCGAAGGAGCGGCGGCAGAUGCGUCAUCGCCGUCUUCGAGUGACGUCAACUGCCGCCCGACGCUACUCUCGCGCAUCUUCCAUGCUGACGCGGAGAUGGUGUACCGUCGGAGGGCCGUGGCUGUGACGUACGAGCAACUGAACGCCGAGAUGCCGGCGUUCAUGAAGGAAGUGCGACACUUUCGUCGUGAUGAAGACGCGGCGAUGCUGCAGCACAAUUGCGACCGUGCGGCACACAGCUGGCGCGCGCGACGGCUGCUGCGGCGCGAAGGCCAUGCCGUUUUGUUUCCACAGCGUCGAAACAUCACAUCACUUGAGGAGCGAUUGGCGCUGUCGCGUCUGCAGGAGUCUUCCUCACCACCUCCGCCGGAGUCGAAGCUGGGCGCGGCGAAGCACCAGCGUGAGCCCGAGCGUGAGGACGACCAUAGGAAGGCGCAACAUAGUCGCCGAGAUUAUUCCGUAGUGUCUUCUCGUAGCACCUCGAAGUCGUCGUCGUACACCUCCGGCUCGGAGAGCAAUGCCAGCUCGGUGCGCGUGGAUGUGACAAGAAGGACAGAGCGGAGUCGGAAGCUGCAACAGUAG